AGGGAGAAGUGGAAGUGGCUCCCGCCCUCUUCCUCCUCUUUAGGCUUUUGGUUUCUCAAAUACCUGCCCGGCCUUUCCAUCCGCUUCCCCCCACCCCAUCCCUCGGCAAAAUCUCAGGGCUUUUGGGGGUCGGGCUCCACGUUCGCAGGCAGUAGGUCGGGAUUAGGAGAGGUCCCUCCCCGCAGGAACCCCACCCCUCCCCACCUCCUCGCCCCACUCCUUUCUCCGCGACCGUCAGUCUCUCCAUUUCCCCCUCCUGGUCUAGUCCUCCCUCCCGCCUCUCGCGCACUCCCUCCCCUUGCUCUCAUCCUCCUAUCCCCACCUCUCCAACCUCCGCUUUCAUCCCCCUCCCCUCUCCUCUCCUCCCCGCUCCCGCCUGCCCCACCCCUGGGAAGCCCCUCCCGUCGGGCAGCGCCGCUUUAUAAGCGGGUUCCCUGCCCGGGGGCGGCAGCGGCUGGUCGGCGGCAGCUCUGCGGGUGCGGGGGCGGCGAGCCGAGGACCUAGCGAUCGCGGCCGGAGCGCGCCGGCCACCGCCCGCACCGCCCUUCCGCCCGCCCUCUGGACGGCCGCAGCCCUGCGGGUCUCCGCUCCAGACCCACCCCCGCCCCACCCCGCGCGCCUCUGCCGCCUCUUCCAGAGCCCCAGCUUGCCCAGCGGCCGCCGCUGCCGCUGUCUCCGCCGCCGCCGCCACCGCGCCAGGUUCCGGCCGCGGCCACCUUCCGCCGUCCAGGGCCUCUCCAUCUCGGCCCCGGGACCCCGGCUCCCCGCCAGCCCCGGCCCCGGCCCCGGCACCAUGUCGGAGAAGAGCGUGGAGGCAGCGGCCGAGUUGAGCGCCAAGGACCUGAAGGAGAAGAAAGAGAAAGUGGAGGAGAAGGCAAGCCGGAAAGAGCGAAAGAAAGAAGUGGUGGAGGAAGAGGAGAACGGAGCUGAGGAGGAGGAAGAAGAAACUGCCGAGGACGGAGAGGAGGAAGAUGAAGGGGACGAGGAAGAUGAGGAAGAAGAAGAAGAUGAGGACGAAGGGCCCGCGCUGAAGAGAGCUGCCGAAGAGGAGGAUGAAGCGGAUCCCAAGCGGCAGAAGACAGAAAAUGGGGCAUCGGCAUGAGCCCCCUGCCAGUGGGCUGGGGUGGGAGGCCCCUCGGGGCCUUGAGGUGGGGGUGGGGACAGCCCGAGUGCAGCCACCCUUCACCUGGCUCCCUGCUCUGGGCCCUGCGCCCGAGCGGCCGCCCUCUCUCCCCAGCCUUCUCAUGCCGACCCUCCAGUCACUGCCCUCUCCAUCCUCACUGCCAUCUUCCACCUCCUGACCUCCCCCAUCUGAGCUCCCCAGCUGGUCCCAGUUCCCCCCUCCCUCCUCCUCCCCUUCCCUCCAGCCCAGCCCACUCUCCUCUGAUACCCUCUCCUUCCUAACCUCUGCAUCCCAGCGUCACAUCCUGCCCAUCCCUACCCUGCCUGAUCCCUGGGUCUCCCUCAGAUCCCCUUCUCUCAGACAGCGCCAGGCCGGGUUGGGGCCAGGGUUGGGGCCGAGCCCCACAGCUGCCCCCCUCCCCUCCCUUUUUUGUAUAAUUUAAUAAAGAAACGGUCGCGCUUCUGUUUUUAA